GCAAUUUUGUAAAUAAUCAUGAGAAAAUAUAUUGGAAAUUUUUAAAUUCUGUGUUUCUAGCUUUAAGUGCUGAUCAAAUGUCAUCCUGGUUGGGUCAUGAAACCACGAAAACAUACCAAAUUCCUAUUGACCAUCUGGACUACAAAUUCAUUGAAAAAUGCACUGAUGUUAAGCAUUUAGAAAAGAUUCUCAAGAUAUUAAGGUCAGGUGAGGAGGGUUUUUACCCUCAACUUACAUCAUUUUGUGAAGACCGCAUUGAGUCUUUGGCUCCAAACAGCAGAGCUCUUCGAAAAGAAAAACCUUUAGCCACUGCUUCUGAUUUUACUACUGAAGAAUGGAAAAAAAUAAAUGAUGACAUGGUGAGCUGGAUUACUGAAAUGAAAGAAGAUGAGUAUAAAAUGCAAUAUGCUACAGCUGAAGUUUUCAAGGAAAAUGUGGAAAAUUUACCACCAAUUCGUAGUUCAGAGAACCAUCAUUCCCUAAGUCAGAAUAAAACUGCAAAAACAAAGCAAAAGAAGAAAAAUAUACCAAGAGACUACAGAGAAUGGGAUAAGUUUGAUGUGGAAAAAGAAUGUUCCAAAAUUGAGGACCAAGAAGACAAUUAUUCUAAAACCAGACUUAAUGAUACCAUAAAAUUACCAAAAGCAGAGAUAAACACAACAGGUAUGACUACAAAAGAAAAGACAGCUGCUGCUCAUCGUGAAAAAGAAAAAGGUAAUGAAGCAUUUGUCAUAGGUGACUAUAAAGAAGCAAUUGCAUACUACAGUCGGAGCAUAUCUGCAUUCCCUACUGUGGCUGCAUACAAUAACAGAGCUCAGGCAGAAAUGAAACUCCAGAACUGGCAGAAUGCUCUUCAAGACUGUGAGACUGUAUUAAAAAUGGAACCUGAAAAUAUAAAAGCUCUUAUGCGUCGUUCCACUGUUUAUAAAAAUCUACAGAAUUUUAAAGCAGCUGCUGAAGAUUUGAGAAAAGUAUUACAUAUUGAUCCAAAAAAUGCCAUAGCUAAAAAGAGCCUCUCAGAUAUUGAUAAGAGUCUGAAAGAAUCAGAACCUGUAUCUCAGACCCAAAGCAAGGGAAGAAGAAUAUUCAUUGAAGAAAUAGAAGAAUCAGAAGAACAAGAGGGAAAUGAAGGAGCAUUUGUAAAUGGCUGUGGAGAUAGAAAAACUGCAGUGCUGGUGGGAAGGGAGAGCAAAAGCAACCAAGCUGAAAUGGGCAAUGUUCAAAAGAAGUUCCAUGGUAGAGGAGGCACCUGGAAACCAGAACAUAAAGAAGCACAGAAGGACAGAGACCCUCCUGAGAAUAGCGUUAAAAAAGGCACAUCUGAGGAAAAGAGAUGUGAAUCUCUACAAGAUGGAAGAAAUGAGAUAAAUGGCUACUUGAGCAACUGCAAAAAUGGAAAUGAAAUUGGGGAAGGAAAACCGAAGGAUGUAGAAUCAUCAGCGGCUGGAAUGAGCAGUUCUACUCUGCUUCCUCCUAAUGCUGCAAAACUGAAAACUGAAGGAAAUCAAUUAUUUAAGAAUGGGCAGUUUGGAGAAGCUAUGCUGAAAUACUCUAGAGCAAUUGAAAAUGUGCUCAGUUCAGGAAUCCAAACUCCAGAGGAUUUAAGUAUUUUGUAUUCAAACAGAGCUGCAUGUUACCUAAAAGAAGGGAAUUGUGCUGACUGUAUUCAGGAUUGUAACAGUGCAUUGGAACUUCAUCCAUAUUCUCUUAAACCUCUUCUACGUCGAGCAAUGGCCUAUGAGUCAAUGGAACGAUACCAACAGGCAUAUGUGGAUUAUAAAACAUUAUUGCAAAUAGAUAGUGGAAUCCAGGCUGCAAAUGACAGUGUUAACAGGAUAACAAGAACUUUAAUAAAUCUGGAUGGCUCAAGUUGGAGGGAGAAGUUACCACCAAUACCUGUUGUCCCAGUUUCUGCUCAGUUACACUGGUGGGAUGGAGAAAGCUUUACUUCAGCGUCAAAACAAAAGAAUAUUGCAAUUACUUGCAGAAAUCAACUGUCACAGAUUCCUACUGAUAAUGCAGAAGAGAAGUUCAAGAUACUUAAGAAUCAAGGAAAUGAAUUUGUGAAAAAGGAUAAAUAUGAAGAAGCAUUAAUGAAAUACAAUGAGUGUAUAAAGCUAAAUUCACAGGAAAAGACUAUCUACACUAACAGGGCUCUUUGUUUCUUGAAGCUGCUUAAGUAUGAAGAAGCCAAAAAGGAUUGUGAUUAUGCUCUUCAGAUAGAUGACUCUAAUAUAAAAGCUUUAUAUAGAAGAGCUCUAGCGUUCAAAGGAUUUCAGAACUAUAAAGCUAGUAUUGAAGAUUUGAAUAAAGUUCUUCUAAUUGAUUCCAGUAUCAGUGAAGCCCAGAAGGAGCUGCAUGAAACAACUCAACUAUUUAAACUUAAACAUGAAUUUACAGACAGCAGUCAACCAAAGCAAAGGAAAAAAAUUGAAAUUCAAGAGGUAACUGAACAUGAGGAAGAUGACACAGAGACCUGUUCUUCAAAGAAUGCUGCAAUAAACCAUCACAAUGCUAAAGAGGAGCUUGGAAUGACCACGCCAUUGAAUAGCUCAGAAAAGCUAAUCAUUUCUAAACCGUCAAACGCCUAUGAAUUUGGGCAGAUAAUCAAUGUUGUGAAUGCCAAUAAGGACAUUGCUGCUUGUGCAGAGCUCUUAGCAAUGGUUGAGCCAAAAGAUUUGCCAGUACUACUGAGCAACAAACUAGAAGGAGAUAUUUUUUUCAUCUUUAUCCAAGCUCUGCAGUCUGAUGUGUUCAGCCAAAACCCUACCCUAGUAUAUCAACAUCUUUUCUACCUAAGUAAAACAGAAAGGUUGAAGGUGGUGCGGACACUUCUUGGUGAGAAUGAAAUAAAACAAGUUCAGCAGCUACUGGCUUCUCUUUCCAGUGUGCAAAGCCAGCAUUUUUCUUUGAAUGAUCUCGAGAGCCUUAAGAAAAGCUUUGGACUCUGAACAGUUUCAUUUUCAAUUACUCCAUGCAAAUAUGCACAGUGGGUAUGACUGUCUUAUACUGAGGGAAGGCAAACAAGAAAUAGUUUUAUUUGGAUUGAAUAUGCUGCAUAUGUUAUAUACGCUUUGAUAAUCGGGCUCUUUCACCUUGCUGUAUGUUUACUCCCACAAUUAUUUUAUUUAUGGGAGUGUUCCCUCACUCCUUGGCCCUUGCCCUUAUAUCAGUGAAUAGAUUAGAAGUAGGACUGUCCAAUUCAUUUGGACAGGAAAGAAAUAAGAAAAAGAGUGAAAAAUAUUUUGUAUUUGCUUGAGGAAGGGUACCCAUGAACUGUGAAGAGACCAUCCCUGGAGGCCGAGCAAAUAGUCUAAAAUGUUCCUUUUAUGAAAGGAUAUUAAUCAAAUGAUAGUUACUCAAAUGGUCUUCGUAAGGUUAUAUGUAGCCAUUCAUUUGCUGUUUUUGUUUCAUUUUCAUCUAGUGUAGGGGAUUUUUCUAAAGAGAAAUACUGUUCGAAAACGGUUAUUGACAUUGGAAUCUUUGAAUAAGCCCCAUUAAAUAAGGGAUUGUGAAUCUUUUUUUUUUUUUUUUGAAGUGGGACAUGUAUUGAAAGACACUUAAAGUGCAGCAUGGUGAUAGCAUUCUGGUUUUGCCGCUGGAAAAUAAAUGGCCACCAUGCAAACCAAACUACAGUAUACCUCAAAUUCAGUUUUGCUUUCAUUUGCUGUUCAGGCAAACUCAUCUGGCCUACCCUGAGUAUGGCUUUCAAGAAAAGACUAGGUCGUUUCUUGUGUUAGUGCUACAGAAUUAACAUGCUGGAGGGUUCUGAAUGUAUACAGCUGCAUGAACAUUUUAGCAGCUGGUUGCAACAAGUGGUGUCUGAGUCUCCUCUGAAUUGCUUCCACUGAAUUUACGAGGAGAGGUUUAUCCUCAGCCAGUGACCUAUUUCAGAACAGCAGGGAUGAAGCAAAAUAUGUAAUAAAUGUUCUGAAGCGAUAGUACUAUUGUAUUUUAAACUGGAAACUAAUUUAUUAAUAGUAUGCAACCGAAAUUAUAUUACAGGAAGCCUUAUUUGGUACUUCUGCUAUUUUGAAUUAGCAUUUUCUUGGACUAAAAAUUGUAACAAAAACGUUAAAGAGCUUAUCCACUUGAAACUGUUUCUCUUGAAGAACUUUUGUAAUAAAGUAUUGAGCUGAUUGAUAUAAAAAUACUUGCAAUGAAUAAAUAUUUUAAAAUAAA